GGAACUAGAGAUGCAAAAACAGGAAAAACAAAAUUAAAAUUGCAUGACAUUUCUGACCACCACUUGACUGAUAAUUUAAGAUGGUCAGCUUAUAAAAACUCAGUGAAAAAUGGUGAUGUUAUAGCAAAGAUGUCUACUGCUAUUCAAAAAGAAAUACAAACAAAUAUAAUGUACAUUAAAUGUUUAAUUGAUAUUGUUUUAUAUCUUGGUAGACAAGGAAUAGCGUUUAGAGGACACCGUGAAGAUGAGACAUCAGUUAAUAAGGGUAAUUUUAAACAAAUGUAUGAAUUUUUAUCAAAACAUAAUCCAGAGUUUUGCAAUGAUGCUAGAAACUUAUUUAAUGCUUUGGAGGCACUCUAUGUUCAUUUCUCUCAUUCAAUAAGAAAUGUGAAGCUUACUGAUUUACAACUUAAAUUGAAUUCGAAAAAGACAACUCUCUUAGUUAAGUGA